AUGGAACCUCCAUUUCAGCAACAAAAGAUUACAGUGAAGGCCCUGUCCUGUAUCAGGAUUCCAGCCCAAGGUACUUAUAGUAGGAAUCCCUGGUUGAGGGUCCCCGGCCGAAAAGCAAGAAAGGGUUGGUGGAGGGUGUGUAUCGAUAACGGCCAGGUGCAAGGAGAAGGAAGGCGGAAAUCUGCAAGGGACGGGCUGCUGAACAAGCAGCGGCAUGAUAGUGUAACCAACCCGACCCUACUUGCUUCUCAUUUGGAAGUAAGGGUGGCCCAAGCUAGGAAAGGACACACUAGGCAGCCUUAUUCCUUAUCGAUCUCUUCAUCUCCAUCCCCCUCCCUUCCCAAUCUUCCGGAAUUUGCUCACGCUCCCUUGCUCAUGCCAAUGACCUUUCCAUGGGAUGAUAGUGAUGAUGAUGGUGAUGAUGAUCGUUCUCCGGACGCAUUCGAGCUAAUUACCAUCCUUUUCCCGGAGUUGAUGACGCUCGUAUUCUUGCCACCUGAAGUUGCGUUGACUGGUUCUUCCCAACACCCCAAACUAGCUAGAAUCUGGAACGAUGGGAAAAACCAUGAAUCAGCCCCCUUCGGCCCUUCACGAGGCUGA